UUCAUACUGUUAAAAAUAAAUAUGUGUCGCUUCAUAAAUCGAUCCACAAACGAAAUAAGAAAUACCUUCAUAAAGGAACUAAGAUUGCGCUUUGCGCAAUUGUAACAAUUAACAAUUACAUAAUUAAUUAAUUAUAAUUGCACAUAUAUAUUGUCGCACCCUAAGCGUUCGUUAAAGCGUUCGAUGCGCGUCUUUCUUCUUCUUUUCCGUUAGGCAAUCAUGCGGACAAUACUGGCGAUCGCACUGGUGUCCUUCGUCACGGGAACCUUCUUCAUCGCGGCGGCCGUGGCGUCCAAGGAUCAUAAUUAUCCCCAUUUCUUCAAGCACCGGAUGAAGCUGAGGGAGAUCCGUGGUUUCAAACCGGAGUACAUCUCCACGGCGAUCGGAUUCGGGAAGAGAGACGGCCCUGCGGAGAUCCCGGUUCUUGGCGAGCGCGAGAGAGACGCGUUGUCAGUUCUGAGGAAUUUGCCGCGUGUCGUGCCCGCGGAUACGUUACUCCGAAUGAUACAGACGAAUCCCGUACUGGCUGACAAACUGACACAGCUGUCGAUGCAGAGCGAUCGAAAUGAUCAAGAAGAAUCGAUGACGGAACCUCCCUCGAGGCCCGAGAAUGAGUUCGCGAUAUUUUAAUUCUCGCGAUCGAGAUGCAAACAGCGAGUUUUGUAGGAGGACACCCAUUCUAAGUUCUUAGACAAAACGUUCGAUAUAUAUAUCUUGGAAAUAUUAUACGUUCUUAGAUGCUAUUACUACUCUCUUCACUCUCGUAAUUUCUUCGCUACUUAUACUUAUAUAGAAAUUGUACGGGAAAAAACGGCGAGAUGGAAAGCACAUUUUUCUUUUUCUUUCUUUCUUUCUUUCAUUUGACAGCAUACGGUCGAUUGAUGUACAAUUAACUGUGUCGUAGAAAUAUCCAAUAUAUGUAUAUAUUGAUUGUAUUGUGUAACUGUGAUUAUUUCUUUUUUUAAUUAUUCAAUUAAAAACAUAUGUAUGUAAAAUCAAAGGAUAUAUACGGAAAUGAAAGUAGAUGAGAAAAAUAUAUGCACAUUUUCCUCUUUA